ACCGAUUUUAGGCUAUCGGCCCAUGUAUACCAUGAAACACUUUCCCUACGGGAGGUAAUUUAAAUUUUUUGUUUCCGUGUUGCCCUUCUCCCAUUCUUCGAUUUUCUUUUCCGUUCUUGCGCAGCCAUCCCCAUCCCCAUCCUCCCGCGAUUCUUCUUCCCUCCGGCGGCGAGGAUCCUUCUCUUCAAACAAAGGGAACCGAAUUCAAAGCUACCAUCUUGGAAUUCCUUCUACUAAUCCCACACAACAACAGUAUCCUGACGUGCCAACUCCAGUAGGACCUUUCUGUUUCAAGCUUACUUAUCCAUUGAACAGCUGAAAAUAUCAGAAUCUCUACCACGAUGGUGAAGUCAAAGGCUCAAUCAAAGAAGCAGCAAAAACGUGGCAUUGAUUUUAAAAAAAUCAAAAGAAAAAUUGGGAGAAAAUUGCCUCCGCCAAAGAACACUACAAACACAGAUAUCAAAUCCAAAGCCAUUGUUCUUCCUGAGCAGAGUGUAUCCUUGGAGAAAGCAGGCUUAGCUGUGAGUAAGAAAGGACUAACUCUAAAGGAGCUUCUUCAACAAACAAGCCAUCACAAUGCUAAAGUCCGUAAAGAUGCCUUGGUUGGAAUUAAGGAUAUUUUUCUUAAAUGCCCAGAUGAAUUAAAGCUCCACAAACUUGCUGUUAUAGAGAAACUGCGUGAACGCAUUAGUGAUGAUGAUACGUUGGUCCGUGAAACACUAUAUCAACUUUUCAAGUCAGUUAUUUUACCUGGCUGCAAAGAGGAUGUCAAGGGGGCAUUCAUUUCCUUGAUUAUGGUGUACAUUUUGAGUGCAAUGACAAGCUUAGCAAUUGACGUGCGGCUAAUGGCUUUCAAAUUUUUUGACCUUGUGAUCCAAAACUACCCCUCUUCAUUUUCCAUGUACUCUGAAAAGAUUCUCCAAAGCUACGGAGAUCUUUUGGAGAAGAGUACACUUCAGCUGCAAGGUAAAGGAAAUCUAAAGAUUGCUCUCUCUGGGCUGGCUCAAUGCUUAUCACUGUUGCCAUACAAAAAUAGGAGUGCAGGUCUCUCAUCAGAUAAGAAUGAUCCUCAUGUCCAAGUGAUGCUGCAUGCUUAUGUUCCUUCCAUUUCGAAUCACUCCUCUGCGCUUUCUAGUUCUGGUGUCAUUGAGAAAUCAAUGAAACUGUUACCUGCUCUUGUUAGUUGUUUCCAGGACUUCAUUCCUUUGGUUCAUACUAUGCCUCAAAUAGACACCCGAUCCUAUGAUUGUCUGCUCCUUAUACUUCAAAACAUAGACCUUCUGGUCAGAUUUUUUAUUGAAGUCUCUGAUAAGAAGAGUCAACAAGGCUUAAGAAGAGAACCUCCUAACUGCCACACACAAGAUAAUAUAUGUGGUCAAAGUAUUUCUCCGGCGGUUCUUAAAAAGCUUUGGGACGAGUUUCCUUUGAGUACAGGUCAUGGCCUCUUAGAGAAGGGAAAUGAUCGUUAUUUCAGGUUGAAUAUUGUUAUUACAGAAAUAUUUUUGAAGUUAAGUAGUUGGAAUCACCCUCCCCUUGCGCUGAUGGAGAAAUUUCUGGAGUUCAUUGAAAGCUCACUUUUUGCGAAGAAUUUCCACCGCAAAGAGUCUGGUAAAGUAACUCAUGAAAAGCAAUUGCUUACAUUGGUGUCAUUCACUCCCGAACUUGUUACAGGAUUGUCUGGUGUUUGGAAGUCUCGCAUUCUUCAGGCUUUUACUAAGAUCUUCAAGAACUGCAGUCCAGAGUCUUCAUUGAAGUUGGCCUGCCUUUCUGCAAUCGAAGAAAUGAUGUUCUCUGACAAGUGUUGUCCUUUCUUGGGCACAACUCAUACAAGCCAUCCUGAGAUGCUAGAUCAUCAGAUUACUUGGAUAAGGGAGCUUCCUUCACUGCUUAUUGUUUUAGGUGAUAAACAUCCAGUAACUUCUAAGACUGUGUUACGUCUUCAACUUCGCUUAGGACAAACUGCUCAUCUGGACUCUCCAUUUGCAAAGGAAUAUGAUGAUAUGCAGGACAUACUCAGAAGUUUUUAUAGCACUGCCACUGAUGAAGGUGUGACAUAUGGUCCUUUCAUGAUGCUUUCAAAAGAUAUUCAAGAACUCUCCCUCUGUUGCCUAUAUUACUUCUCUUGCCUGGACUCGGCGAUACUUCAAUCAUUAGUUCUAUGUUGCCUUUCUCAUGAAUUGGAACCCUGUUUACGUUUUCGCAUUUUGGAAGUUGUCCACACUGCUUAUAAAGCUGGACACAUCCAGAUUGGAGAUUACAUUAGUUUUUUAAUCACAUUGGUUUCACGAUUCAAUGAUUAUCCUGUGAAAAUCGAUACUCCAGAAAAGUGUCAGGGAAAAUUAUUCCACAGAGCUUUUCAACCGAUUAUUAGUGCAGUUACCUCUUGUUUGUCACGUAUUGGUGAUAACCAUCUUAUUUUCCAGAUGCUGGAGAGAGUAAUUAUUGAUCAAAUUUGUCUUAGCCCUCCAAUAGGUAAAAUGAAUGCCCUUCUAAGGGUUCUUAGUGCAAUCGAUACUGUUCCAACAAGACUUUCAGGAGAGAGCAUUGACGAAAUAAGCCGCGUUCUUCCGAACUAUUUAUUACUUGUUGCAUCUGAUUUUCCGGGAGAAGUUAACGAGCAGCAGAAUUCCAUGACUACGAGCAUAUCCAAGAGAAGUCAAUACCAUCUUCUUCCUUGCUUCAUUCUAUUUCAUAGCUGCAAUGGACUGUUAGGUGAAGUUUUAAAAGGGAUGAGAUCGGUGUUGUUGGAAAACAGUUCCCAGGCUUUGUCCCAACGACAAACCGAAUCCGUCCCACCAAAAAACAGUCUUGUGGCAACUGUGGCAUACGUUUUUCUGAUUUUGAUCUCCGAUGUUAAAAUGAAGAGACUAAUCUCAUCGUGCACGGAAGAAACAGAGAGCAUAUUGCAAUGUAUAGCCACUUGCUUGUCUUCAGAAGGGAGUAAUAUGGGCCUGGAACAAAGGCACCAGAUACAAAGAGCUUAUGAUAGCUUAAAAGCUGCCACUGCUGUUAUUCCAGCUUGAAUGGGACAGGUCCUGUUUUUUACAUUGUUAACCUACCAUUCUGUUCUUUUACACCCUCCUCUGCCCCGCCAAAAAAUAUAUUGUUCGACUUUCACAGAGUUCAAGAAAAGUGAUGAAUGGUGAAAAUUUUGUGGCUAGAUUUUGUUUAAAGCAGAGAGAGGUUAUGUGAAGUAAUUUAUCUUUUCGUUUAGACGGAUGAAUAAGAAAAUACUGAAGUGUUU